AAGACACUAGGAAGCAAAGCGUCCGCGCCACCACGGUAUAUAUCCGAGACGAGCGCAUUCACACACUGCAGGACAGUGCGUUACCAUCCUGACGCCUUCAAUUUUGGCAUCGAGGGGUCAUCUCUGGGCUUUGAAAUUUGCCAUUUAAUCUGGAGUCAAUUUGGGAGCGGUUUCAGCGGCCGCGAUAAUGGCGCGAGGCCUCAUACUCCUGUGGCUGGUCGCCGCCGCGACGGCCUCACAAAGGAGGAAGAACAAAAAGAAAGCUGAUGCUGCCGCGGCGGGCCGGCCGCCGAGUAUGACCCUCGACGCGCUCCCUCUCAAAUACAAAGACGACGCCGUCGGCCGCUACGCGAAGACCUGGGCCACCGCGCACACGAACCGGAGCGGAAUGGCCCACUUUUUGGAGCGCUUCGGCGCUAUUGAUGUGGGUUGCACCUACGACGUCGAGAGUUCAGGUGAAGGCGCCAGCCUGCCGCGGCUCGUUUUCAAGUUCGCCGACGGCUCAUCAACACGCGCGGAGCCCGGCUGGCCGGACCACUUCAAGACGCGGCCGGCCGUCUGCGAGUAUGCGCGAGGGCCCCGCUUUGAUUCGGACGCGGCGAUGUUACUGGUGUCGUCGUCGACGGACUAUCUGUUUCGGCUGUGGCCGUUGUUCCUGAACAAGAUCCUCUACGCUGCAGCUGCCAACCUACGCCUCUUCGUCUGGAUCGGCGAGCUCCCCGCGGCGGCGACGCGGGCGACCGCCGCCGGAUGCUACCUAAGCCAACCGAACCGAGCCAGGUUCGACCAGAAGCCCAUGCUUAUGCACGCUCAGCAAAGAAAGUUGGCCGACAGCUACACGACGGACUCUUACGACGUGAAAGACGUCACGCGCGUGAGCAAUCAUCACGUGAUGCGCGGUGCGGAAAUCAACCCGGUCCUGCGCCUGCUCGACGGCGUGGAGGCUCCGCGCCAUGUGAAGAGUCUCCACGCAGGUCAAGAUGCCCGCGACGCUAGCGGUGCUCGCCCACCCUUCAGUAAGAGGCGUGUACUACGUCGACUUGGAUAGCGUCGCGCAGCUCCCCUUCAAUUUGACGAAUGUAAAACGGACGCACGGGCAGUACGCCGACGUUGUUUUCAAGUGGACAAAAAAAUUAGGACCAGCUACGUUACGGUGGAAGGUCAUGGGUUCCAGAUUUUAUGUGCGGGACACUCAGUUUGGGCGUCGCUUCUUCGAGCGAUGGUUCGAUAAUCGUUGUUCGUUCAAGGACCAGUAUUCGUUGUGGCACACGAUCCUGGAGCUUUCUGCGGAAGCCGGGUGCGUCGAUUAUAAGGGCGAGAUCUGGGAGCGCCACUCCUACGAUUCGGUAAGACACAUGAAGCCUAGUAUGGCGGGCGCCGAGCUGCAGCUGACGUGCGAUGUGAUCCAUGGGAAGUGCCCUACGUUUAAAUACGGGAACGAGGGGCCCUCCCAUCCUUGCGUUUACGACGACGUGCCCGACGUCCUGGACAACGUGUUGCACCACGCGAUCCCGCCCGACGGGCCGGGCCUGCGCGAGGUGACUUAUGGUGGGAAGACGCUGGUCGUGGAGAACACGUGCUUCUACGCGGGGAACCGGGCGCGCAUCGACGAUCAACGCGACCAGAAACGAGGCCUCUGCAAGUACGCGGGCAGCUGGCGCGAGUACCUCGAGAAGCUCGGCGUCGUGGGGAGGGAUACUUCGGUUCAUCCGUGGGGGGACUAA